AUGAGCGAAGAAGAAUAAGUUAAUGGGAAAUUUGAUUAUUUGAAAGCCAAAUAUGUUUUUAGAUUUCCUUUUACAAUCACUGCAUUAAAAUGGGGAUUUGGAUUAGGUACUUUUUUCGGAAUUCAUUAAUACAUAAAAUCAAGAGAUGGAAUGGCUAGUAUGAGAUGGUUUAUUUGGGGUAAUGUUUUAACUACUUUACCUAUUUGGGGAUUCUUUAUGAUGAAAUAUUCAUUCUAUAGCAGCGCUUUAAGAAAAUUUGAAUCUGAACAAUCAAGAUAAUAUGAAAUUUAAGGUUUAACAAGAGUUUAUUUGGCUAAUAAGAUGGGAAUAGAUCCAGAAAGCAGUGAUGAAGAUCUUUUGAAGUAAAAUAUAUAUAGAUGAUUUAGAGAGUAUCAGAAGAAGAGUGAAAAAAUAAAGGAAAAAUAUAACCUAUUGGAUGAAUUAUUAGUUGGAGUUGACUUUUCUUAAUUUGAGUUUCCUAAGUGA